AUGACGAAUAACAACCACUCUCAAGGCGAAGCGGCGGGUGCGUUGGACGGCGAAUUCUUCUUAACCGAAUUGGCAGAACAACCUGGCUCGAAGAUCGUUUACCAUUUGGGCAAGGUUGAAGCUAAUUCCCGACGCAACCCAACCCAAGAUGAUCCCGAUGAUCGCCAUCAGAUGAACCAGGCAAUCAAAAGUAUAAUCACGGAGGCUUGUCGCCGCGGCGCCAACGGGAUUGUUUCUCUUCGAGUCGAGCAGCUCUUCGGCGGGAGAUGCAUGGCUUCUGGCGAAGCCGUACUCUUAACACAAUGUUAA